AUGAUUGACAAGAUCACGGGGUUGCAAGGCCUGAAAAACCUCCGAAUCCUGUCUCUAGGAAGGAAUUAUAUCAAGAGCUUUUCAGGCCUGGAAGCGGUCGGGGAGACCCUGGAGGAAUUAUGGAUUUCUUAUAACCUGAUCGAGAAAAUGAAAGGAAUAAACAGCCUCAAGAACCUUAAGGUCCUUUACAUGUCCAACAAUCUGGUGAAGGAUUGGGCUGAGUUUGACCGCCUUAAGGAAUUGCCACAUCUUGAGGACCUCGUCUUGGAGAACAAUCCCCUCCAGCUGAGAUAUAACAGCUGGAGAGACUGGUGCCUACAGGGAGUCCUGCCGAGGCUGCCAUGUCUGACGAAACUGGAGGGGAAGCCGACGGUGGAGGCGAAGACGUCCGAGGAACCGUCCGCCGACGCCGAACGGGAUUCCAUGGACGAUGUCAUCCACGGGCAUGGUCAAGAGCAAGGACAUCACCCUCAUCUCGCGGCCUCCGACAGGCAACCUGAGCCCCAGGUCUUCGACCAACCGGAGCCGGAUCAACCCCUCGAUGAAGACUGAAAUGAGAGAUUCCGCCUUCACUUCUUCCUUGUGACCUGGUGCGUUCGACAGACGAUGCUAGCAAGCAUGGGAGACAUCCUGUACUGAAACCGUCCUGGACGACAGUGAAAACUUCCUUUCACUCUGUGCUACAAUUCAUGCAAUAUUUGUUGGCUCUUGAACACUAAUUGCACCUCAUUGACAUAAACCUUUAAUCAUG